GGAUCUCUGCUGGGUGAAUCGGCACACAAUACAGGCUGGCUAGUCACCCGUCUCACAAUACCGUCAUCGAGAGUGCACUUUAUUUUGUUUUCCAUUUUUAAACAUCCCGUCUUUUCGGAUAUCAAUUAAAUUUCAACAGCGUUUGCGUCAGCGUUGGGCCUGCAGUAGCGUCUAGACUUCGCGGUUGACAGACUAGUGGAUUAGUGCAUUUCCAGAUUGACAAUGUUUCCAACGCCUCUAUCCGAAGAGUUCCUUCAGAAAUGUCGAACCGACUUCUACGAGUGCCCUAAGAACGUGCUCGCACAGAAUGUUUGCACGCGAAUAGAUCCAUUCGAAGCGUGCAUGUCCCGGAGGACACUGGAAAACACCCAGCAUGUGUUCACUUAUAAAAUCGAAAACGAAGGUAAACCCCUGACCAAUCAGAAAAGUUCCGGUCGUUGCUGGCUUUUUGCGGCGCUGAACUGCAUUCGAAUUCCGUUCAUUAAGCAGUACAAUCUGGACGAAUUUGAGUUCUCUCAGGCCUAUCUGUUCUACUGGGAUAAAAUUGAACGAGCAAACUACUUCCUGAACAAUAUCGUAAAAACCGCCCGACAAGGCGAUGAAGUCGAUGGUCGGUUAGUUUCAUUUCUCCUGUCGGAUCCGACCUGCGAUGGGGGCCAAUGGGAUAUGUUGGUGAACCUCAUUAACAAACAUGGACUGAUGCCGAAAAAAUGCUUUCCGGAAAGCUAUAACUGCGAGGCCAGCACGAGAAUGAACUCGGUGAUCAAGAGCAAGCUCCGAGAAUAUGCUAAAGUUCUGCGAACGAUGAUUGCUGACGGUGCAAACGAUGACGAUGUGCAAGCACAAAUUCAGCAGCAGAUGAACGAAGUGUACACUGUGGUGGGCAUCUGUUUGGGAAUUCCACCGGAAAAAUUUACCUGGGAAUACUACGACAAGAGUAAGAAAUACUUGAGUAUUGGACCAAUCAAGCCGACGGAUUUCUACGAAAAAUACGUAAAACCAUACUUCAACGUGGACGAUAAGGUGUGCUUAGUAACCGAUCCUCGACUAACGAAUCCUUACGGGCGAUCCUACCGAGUCGACUGUCUCGGCAACGUAGUUGGUGGACGACCUGUGCUGUAUAACAACCAACCUGUUGAAACACUAUUGGACCUUGUCACAAAGGCUCUGAAGCUUGGGGAACCCGUCUGGUUCGGAUGCGAGGUGAGCAAACGAUUUGCCGGUAAACAGGGUAUAGAGGAUUUAAACAUCCACGACUUCAAACUAGUAUUUGGAGUAGACAUUCAAACAACAAUGGAUAAGGCUGAUCGUCUACUCUAUGGGGAAUCGAUGAUGACGCACGCCAUGGUGUUUACCGGCGUAUCAGUUGAUCCAAACACCCAGCAACCCACCAAGUUCCGCGUUGAAAACUCUUGGGGCGAAGAUCGUGGUGAGAAAGGCUAUCUCGUCAUGACAGCCGAGUGGUUCAAGGAGUUUGUGUUUGAAGUGGUCGUUGACCGUAGCAUAGUGCCACAGGAUGUAUUGGACGUGUUUGAAUUUACCCCGACCUUACUGCCAGCAUGGGAUCCGAUGGGUACACUGGCGAAGUGAAUCAAUUCAUACUUCACUUCUCGUAUCUUCACUGGUAUCUGGACCCACGAUCCCACGCGCAAUUACGUUUCUUUUUUUAAACUAAAAAUCAAGAGAAUUACCACGAUAUUCGGAAGCAUUCACAACACGCUGCGCGAAACAAAAUGCAUGCUUUAACGCGCGCCCCAACAUUAUCACACCGGCAGGAGAAUUUACAGUAAAAACCGCAUGUUGCAAUACAGGCAUAUUAGGGAACAGGAAGUUUUCUUGUUAGAAUGAAAAAAAUAAUUAUGAUCUAGCUAAUAUGUAAACUGUAUUUAAAUUAUCUAAUAUAAUUAAUUAUGAAUGUCACAGGUAGAACAGAGCGAAAUUUGCGGUGGACGCAUAUAAUCAUUUUUAAUGAUAAAUAAGAAGCAACUAUAAAACGAAUAUUGAAAUUGUA